UCCUAUCUAUCUACUCAUUCUCCCUCCCUCUCCUUACUCUGACACUGACACACAUCAGAUAUCUCUGUCUGCAUCUCAGUCUUUCUUGACUCUAAUGGCGUCGGGAGAGUCUAUAUUAGUAUUCUUCCUGCAAAUCUUGAACGAGGAGUUGCGAAAUUACAGGGGUCUGAAAAAUGGAGAGCAACUUGAGUUGGAUCUGCUUGGGAAUGAGCUUGGUAGGUUACAGGCGUUCCUGCAGGAUUCAGUGGCUGUGCGCAACAAGAGUCAACUCUUUGGAGAAACGGUGAAGCAGAUCAGAGAGGUUGCUUAUGAAGUCGAAGACACCAUCGAGAUGUGCUCCACCAAGAAGAAGGCUGCAGCAAAAACCAAGAAUCUCUUCACCCGCUUCCGUACAAGUUUUAGCAUCAGCAUCGCAAAGCAAAUUAAGACCCUAAGAGAAGCAAAAGUCAAACCCAUUUUAGAUUUAAUCGACAAGGAUUUCAGUAAUGUUGACGGAUCCAUCCCAUCCACAAGCGAACCCUUUACGGAAAUCGAUUCGGAUCAAUCAAUUAUGCCUAUAACUGUUUUACAAGAUCAGUCAGACAUGCUAGAUAAAGUAGUAGAUUUUGAAGAUGAAGCCACCAUUAUUAAAUAUCUAAUGGAACCAAAGGAUAAACUUGAUGUUAUCUCCAUCCAUGGAAUGGCAGGCCUCGGCAAGACAACACUAGGGAGGAAGAUAUUUCAGGAGAAAACAGUCCGUCAAAAAUUCCCACUACGCAUUUGGAUUGCCGUUACUCAGAAGUUUGACAGCAGGGUUGCUUUUCUCAAAAUUGUGGAAGCACUUAUCCCAGAGGGCAUGCAUAGCCCGACGGACCAAGAGUUGGCCACAGCAGUUCGUUUGGGCUUGGCAAAUAGAAAAUUCUUGCUAGUUAUGGAUGAUGUUUGGACAAUGAAAGAUUGGGAAGUUAUAAAAAAAAUCUUGCCAGAGGAAAACAAAGGGAGCAGAGUCCUAGUAAUCAGUCGUAUAUGGAAUAUUGCUACACAAGUUAAUAUCAGAAGGGAACCUCAUGUAAUGAGAAAUCUAGGAGAAGGGACAAGUUUGGAGCUUCUGAAAUUGAGGGUUUUCGGUGAUCUUGAGAGCUACCCUCCGCAGUUGGAAGUUAUAGGGGUCAAUAUAGCCAAAAAUGUGGUGGAUUGCCGUUGACAAUUGUGUUGAUUGCAGGAAUUCUUCAAUAUGAGUACACCAAAACACGAGCAAUCAUUGGUGUUAAAGAGAACUGGUCGACCGUCUAUGAGAAUAUUAAUAAGAUAUUAGAGAAGGACCAGGACAAGCUCAUCUCAAAUGUUUUAGAAAUGAGUUACAAUACCUUGUCCGGGGACAUGAGAUUGUGUUUUCUUUACACAGGGUUGUUUCCUGAAAAUUAUGAGAUCCCGGCCUCCACAUUGAUCCAGCUGUGGAUUGCAGAAGGAUUCAUACGACCAAGGCAAGGGAGCUUUGAAGAAGCUGCAGAGAAAAUCUUGGAAGAUCUUAUCAACAAGAGCUUGUUGAUAGUGACAAAGAAGAAUCUCGAUCAAGUUAAAACAUGUCGUGUCCACGAUAUAAUACGUGAAUUCUGCAAAGCCAAAGCUAUGGAGGAGAA